AUGUUAAUAUGGUUGAAUGAGAAUCAUCCAAGUAUUGGAUGUACAAAUCUAGCUAUGGUACAUGCUUUUAAUGGUGGUCAUUUCGAAACAAUGAAAUGGUUGCGAGAAAACAGAACUGAGAUUUCCAGUUUGAAACGGUUACAGUUUAUAAACUUACAACAUGGAAAGCCAGAGGUUGUCGAAUGGGUAAAAGAGAACUUUCAAAUCGAUAGGAAUGAAAUACUCCAAAAAGAUUUCUCAAUCAUAUUCAAUAGUGGUUCUUUAAAAGAGAUUAAAUGGUUCCACGAUAAUAACAUUCAAGGUGUGUUCAAUGACCGGUCGUUGAAGCAUUCAGUUGAAGGGACUCAGUUGCAAGUUGUAAAAUGGCUCUAUGAGAAUAGAAGUGAAUGUCGAUGUACCAUUGAGAUUUUCGAGACAGCCAUCAGAAUCGGACAUAUGGAGAUUAUCGAAUAUCUCUUGGAGAAACAUCCAGAGUUUGCCAAUGAACUGACAGUACCUGACGAUUAUCUUCAAUAUUAUUAUUCGAAUGACGAUGACGAAAUGAUCGAAUUCCUUUUGGACAAGAUAAACUUCCCAUUGGACGUACUAAAAGAAUAUCAAAAGUUUAUAAAUUCUAAUGGAUAUUCAAAUGUUUCAACAAAACUUUUGGAUGACCAUAUAAGGAAAAGAGAAGAAUCAAUUUAA